CCCCCGAGCCAUGGCGGGGAGCGGCGGGGCCGGGGCGGCCCCCCGGGAGCACCGCCUGCAGCCCGGGGACACCCUGGCGGGGCUGGCGCUGCGCUACGGGGUCACGGUGGAGCAGAUCCAACGCGCCAACCGCCUCUACACGUCCGACACCAUCUUCCUGAAGCCCACCCUGCUCAUCCCGGCGGGAUCCCCGGCCCAGCCCCUCGCGGGGGACGAGCCCCGGGACAUUCCCGACCCUCCGGAGCCUCCGCCGGCGCCGUCCCGGCACGACCUGUCGGCCAUGGAAUUCCUGCGGCGCCUGGACCGCGAGAUCGGGCGCUCCAAGGAGGCAGCGGCGCUGCAGAUCCGGCACCGGCACCCCCCCUCCGGUGAUUCUGGAGCAUCCCAGAGGAUCCCAGAGGGUCCCUCGUCCCCCCGGGAAGGGCCCCGGCUGGGCCCACGACCCCUCACCAGGACCCCCCGGGCGGCCGCGCUGAGGGACACAGAGGAUGAGAUCUUCACCUUGUGACAUGGGAACAGCGGGAAUGGGACAGAUCUGCACCUUGGACAGCAGGAAUGGGACAGAUCUGCACCCUGUGACAGUGGGAACGGGACAGCAGGGACACCUGGGAUGUGGCACCAGGAAAACCUGGCAUGUGGCACCAGGAAAACCUGGCAUGUGGCACCACGGACACCGGGAAUUGGACAGCAGGGACACCGGGAUGUGGCACUGAGGACACCUGGGAGGGGACAC